AUGUUUCGUGAAUCUUAUGAAAGACGUUUACUGCAACAAUGCAGCCCGGUGAACAGGAAACAGGGAGUGCUGGUCCGGCCAGAGUACAUGGACAGAUAUAUCCCCUACAGGCCGGGUAAUAAUUGGCAAACCAGCUUUCAAGCAAUCCGCAGAGGCACAGAAAACCAGCCCACCAAGAAGGCACGUGGUGACGGCACCGCGGGCGACGGUACGGGCGGUGGGCGGGACCAUCUCGCGUACGGCUGCUUACUGAGGAACGAACUCUUGGGUGCGGAGAUCGAAGAGCUGAGAGGGCCCCCCAACAGUUGCGCAGAGGGCAAUAGGGCAGCCUUGGGCGCGGUGCAGUUGGCUUCGGCCGCCAAAGCCGCUCUGGCAUACUCCCCACCAGUGUUCAGAUUCAGAGCGCCUGGACAUAAAUCAGAAGAAAACAUAGAUCCAUCACCGUACAGCUUAUCGCCGGUGUCAGCCAAAUCGCAGAAACUGCUGCGAUCCCCCAGGAAGGCAACGAGGAAGAUCUCACGGAUUCCGUUCAAGGUUCUGGACGCGCCGGAGUUGCAGGACGACUUCUACCUGAACCUGGUGGACUGGUCCGCGCAGAACGUGCUCAGUGUCGGCCUGGGGAGCUGCGUCUAUCUGUGGAGCGCUUGCACCAGUCAGGUUACACGACUAUGUGACCUGUCUUCAGAAGGGAACGCCGUCACAUCUGUGGCGUGGGGCGAGAGGGGCCACCUCGUCGCCGUCGGAACACAGAAGGGACACAUCAGCGUGUGGGACGUCAGUGUCAAUAAAGAGGUGACGAAAUUACAAGGUCACAUAGCUCGGGUUGGUGCUCUGGCGUGGAACGGCGACAUUUUGAGCUCGGGUUCACGGGAUCGGCAUAUACGACAGAGGGACACGAGAACACCACCGGUGCAAUCGUCCAGGGUUCUACAAGGGCAUAGGCAAGAAGUGUGCGGUCUGAAGUGGUCGCCGGAUGGCCAAUCGCUCGCGUCCGGCGGUAACGACAACAAACUCUUCGUUUGGUCUAUGCACUCCACAUCCCCGGUGCAGACGUACUCGUCGCACGUGGCGGCGGUGAAGGCGAUCGCGUGGUCGCCGCACCAGCACGGUCUGCUGGCGUCAGGCGGUGGCACCGCCGACCGCUGCAUCCGCUUCUGGAACACUCUCACCUCGCAGCCGAUGCAGUGCGUGGACACCGGGUCCCAAGUGUGCAAUCUGGCGUGGUCGAAACACUCGAGCGAGUUGGUGUCAACGCACGGAUACUCGCAGAACCAGAUCCUAGUGUGGAAGUACCCUUCGUUAACACAGGUAGCCAAACUGACGGGUCAUUCUUACCGAGUGCUAUAUCUGGCUCUAUCGCCGGACGGCGAAGCAAUAGUCACCGGCGCCGGAGACGAAACGCUACGGUUUUGGAACGUAUUCUCCAAAACUCCAUCGCAUAAAGAAAACAAGAGCGUUCUAAACCUAUACACUGCACUUAGAUAA